AUGAUCAAAGUCGUGAUUCUCGUGUUAGUUCUCCUUUCAAUAAGUGUGUCAAUUGAAUGUCGACGUAAUCUUCGUGAUUAUAUUGUAUCUCAUGAAUAUUCAUCCGGACUAACACGUGAAGAAUUUUCCGUUUACGAUCCUGUGGCAAAUAGUUUACUUUGUCGUCUUGAAACAUCAGGAUAUUCAUACAAUCGCUAUACCAAUCUUGUUAUGUAUCCAUCCUAUCAAACAAUUGGAUUGAUUCGAGAUGUUUGGUCACCAUUUUCUUAUCAAGGAUACUUCAAUGUACUAGAUGACGAAUUGAAUCAAUGGAUGAAUGGCUAUAUUUUUCAACGUUAUCGACCACAAGGUUUUCGCCUUUCUAUUGAAUACGGCGGACAUGUGUACAUCAUGGAAAAUCGACUUGGUUCGUUGAUAACAGAUAUCCGAGAUGAACAAAACCCGAAUUAUCUUCUUACUCGAUUCCAACAAACGUAUAUCGAUCCCUUGACUGGCUCGAUGAAGUACGCGGUGAAAGUUUUCACAAAUGAUCUGCCUGAUCCGAUCUAUAUGAUGGCUCUCUAUGCAUAUGAUUCAAUAGCAUCGAAAAAGAAGUUGAAACUAAGACCGUGA